AUGGCCGCCCCACAAUCAGAUUUCACCAAGAACGUCGAGCGUGACCCUCUCGAGCAGAACAAGGCUCAGCCUCCAUCAACUGUCGCACAACCCACGCGAGUCGACAGUGUGCCACAGCAGGGCUCCACCAUGCCUGGUGAUGGCUCAGAAGUUCACGACAAGUCAUCUGUCGUUCGCGAUCCCGCCGAGGCCGAAAAGUUGAAGAAUGACCCCAACGUAAACGUUGUCGAGGUACCAGGAGAGAAACCAUCGUUCAAGGAUCAGGUGUUUGGCUACGCAAAGGUCAUUCAAGGCAAGACUUUAGGCAAACCCAAAGUCCAAGAACGUGGUCACGAAGUUCUUAAAGGAAACGAGGAGGCUAUGCCUAGCAAGUGA